AAUCGUCGGGACAGCAGUGCUCCUGAGCAUUUCUGGAGCAGAAGCUCUCCUCACAGAGGGGGCGACAGAGCAGGCAACAAGCACCAUGCGGGCCUUCUCGACCCCUCCCCGAGGACGGCGGGUCCCCUGGCAGGAGCUCCUGCUGGCAGUCUCACUCUUGGCCUUCUGGAACCCUCCCACCACCGCCCAAGUCACUACUGAAUCGGUGCCUCCCAAUGUUGUCAAAGGGAACGAUGUUCUUCUGCGUGUCCACAAUCUGCCUGGGAAUAUUCUAGCCUGUGGCUGGUUCCGAGGGACAACUAUAGAGCCCAGUAAUCAAAUUAUAUCAUACGCAGCACACUCACAAGAAAUUAUCCCGGGAGCCACACACACUGGCAGAGAGACAUUAUAUUACAAUGGAUCCCUGCUGUUCCAGAACACCUCCCUGGAGGACACAGGAGACUAUACCCUACAGUACGUAAAGAUAAAUGCCCAGAUUGAAAGAGUAACUGGACAGCUCCGUGUGUUCGGUGAGUAAUUCCUCUCCCCUCUGGUGUCGGGUGGGGUGAAUUCUAC